AUGUUGAAAGUGCGCAUCCAAGUGUCAAGGGAACAUGCUCGUCAGUCUGACAAUAAGGCGAGAAUCGUUAAACUGGGUGACAAACGUAGCGAUAAACUGGAUGACAAACGUAGCGAUAAACUGGAUGACAAAAGUAGCGAUAAACUGGGUGACAAACGUAGCGAUAAACCGGAUGACAAACGUAGCGAUAAACUGGGUGACACACGUAGCGAUAAAGUGGAUGACAAAUGUAGCGGUGAACUGGACGACACACGUAGCGGUAAACUGGGUGACAAAUGUAGCGUUAAACUGGGUGACAAACGUAGCGAUAAACUGGAUGACAAACGUAGCGAUAAACUGGAUGACAAAUGUAGCAAUAAAUGGGGGGACAAACGUAGCGGGGAAUUGGACGACACACGUAGCUGUGAACUUGGUGACAAAUGUAACGUUAAACUGGGUGGCAAACGUAGCGUAAAACAGGGUGACAAACGUAGCGGUAAACUGGGUGACAAACGUAACGGUAAACAGGGUGACAAACGUAGCUGUGAACUGGAUGUCAAACGUAGCGAUAAACUGGAUGACAAACGUAGCGGUGAACUGGGUGACAAACGUAGCGGUAAACUGGACGACAAACGUAGCGGUAAACUGGGUGACAAACGUAGCGAUAAACUGGAUGACAAACGUAGCGGUAAACUGGGUGACAAACGUAGCGAUAAACUGGAUGACAAACGUAGCGGUGAACUGGAUGACACACGUAGCAGUGAACUGGAUGACAAACGGUAA